GUUGUAUGGUGAUACGGCGUCAGAUGACACCUCCAUGACGACAGCGGGUAACAGAUCUGCGUUUGACAGAUGUUGGUUCGGGAUUAACCGCUUCAUUCAAUGCCGAGUACCGCAGGAGGAGAGCGGUCUGUGUUUGGACUAUUCACCCGCGGAGGAGAGCUACGCUGACUCAAACAUGUCCGGCGAAAAGGCGACGAGUCCGUGUAACAAAUUUCAAGCCAACAUUUUUAAUAAAAGUAAAUGCCAAAACUGCUUCAAGUCCCGCGAGCUGCAUCCGUUGACCGACCAUGACAUGGAGCAGGCAAAACCCAUCUACGGAGGCUGGCUGUGUUUGGCUCCUGAGGGGACAGAUUUUAACAACCCGAUGCAGAGGUCAAGGAAAUGGCAGCGGCGCUUCUUUAUCCUGUAUGAACACGGCAGCCUGAGCUUUGCCCUGGAUGAACUGCCGAGCACUUUGCCACAGGGGACAGUGAACAUGAAUCUGUGCACAGACAUCACUGAUGCAGAGCCCAGGACAGGCCAGAGAAAUGCACUCUGCAUCGUCACGCCGGAGCUGGAAAUAUUCAUUCGUGGUGACAAUAAAGAGAUCAUUAAUGGGUGGGGUGAACAGCUUGCGCUCUAUCUACGGACAAACAAGCAGAAUCAAAAGAAAAAACGCAAAGUGGAGCCUGUUGCUACCCAGGAACCCAGUCCAGCAAAGAUGGCUGCAACUGAUCCAAGUUUUCCGUCCUCGGAGAACGCUGCAGAGUCCGGCUGCGGUCGGUGGCAGGAAGACCAGCAGGGCAGGGGACCGGGUGUAACCCCCAUGUGGACUGUCACAGACGCAGAUCCCCCGGGCCCCGAGCAGACCCCUGCAGGCAACACACAUACCUACCUGUGCCCGGUCUCCAGGGACUCUCUGACUUUGGAUGGCGCUGGCAGUUUCGUCAGCCCAGUUGGGUCCUUGGACUUGGUGGCCAAUGGAAACGCAGACCCUGGCGGUAACAACCAGCUGGCUGAGUCAAACAACAUCCAAACAUCAGCAAACAACAAGAACCAGAGCCAGGACAGAAGCCAUGGCAGCCGAACAGAGAGGCUGCUGAGAUUGGAGGCCACCGAUAAAGAGCAGGAAGGGGGGACAGCUGUUUCCAGGAAGGGCAGGAGGGAGGCUCGCACCAACAAGCGAGAGAAGCUCCAGUCAUGUGGAGACAUAGCCCAGCUGACCGCACCCCGGCCUCAGAGAAGAGCCAGGUCUCUGGACCGCAGGACGUCAGACAACGUCAUGACGCCAGAUUUAUUAAACUUCAAAAAAGGCUGGAUGGUCAAACUGGAUGAAAAUGAGCAGUGGAAGAAAUAUUGGUUUGUGCUGUCGACUGACAGUCUGAGGUACUACAAGGACUCAAUAGCUGAGGAGGCUUCAGAUCUUAAAGGAGAAAUCGACCUAACAAAGUGUAAUAAUGUGUCUGAGUACCAGGUGCAGAGGAACUACGGCUUUCAGAUCCAUACCCCAAAGGGUGUCUACACAUUGUCGGCCAUGACUUCAGGGAUACGCAAGAACUGGAUCCAGGCUCUGAUGAAAAACGUACGUCCAGCUAACGCCCCUGAUGUAGCCAGUUUACCUGUCCACCACGGUCCCUGCAGCCCACCUGAAGCCCUCCCCAAACCAGAUGUGACUCAGGACUCUCCCACCGCUGGACUCUGUACAGAGAGAGACCCUCACCCCAAACACAAGAGUGUGAUGGAGAGACGGCGGGAAGGACACUACAAAACCUUCGACUGGGCAGAGUUCAGGCCUCAGAACAAGCCGACUCUGGAUGCGAAUCCUCAGAGGACUAAAAUUCUGUGCUCACUGGACUUGGGUGACCUGGAGAGGAGCAAGAGGCGGGAGGAGAGGAGGCGGAGGUAUGAGAGCGUGCUGGGCCUCUCUCUGGGUUGGGAGGUGAUAGGAGAUAAAACAGCAGAUGGUGUCAGAGCACUGAGUCCAAAGUCACAGCAAAAAGUGGAGGAAGAGAUCGAAGAGUGCUGGAAGCAGGUGGAGAAGACUGUUUUCAGACCGGAGACGACUGUCCCACUGUUUACUGAAGCCAAAGACUCUGAGAAGCUGCUGGACAGCUACAGGAAGGGGGUGGAGGAUCUGAAGGCCCAGCUGGCAGAGUCGGAGCGUCGCAGACUGGAGCUGGAGGCUCAGCUGAGUACAGCAGGAUAUUAUCAGCAGCAGCUGGACCCUCCACCAAGUUCUGAAGCAGAUUUUUGCCCAUCGAACACAAAUGAAAAGCCAUUAAACAACCACACACAGACCCUGAAAGACACAUACAAAGAAACUAGAGAGCUCUUACAACAGCAGAACAUUAUCAGACAGGGCAUGCAGGAGCAGCUCAGCCUUGAACCACCUUCAUUAUCACCUCAGACACCCAGCAUCUUGCUGCAUGAUACAGAGGGCAAUUUCCAAGAAGUGGGAGAUUUGCUUCCUGAGACGGUAGCCACACCUUUAUUAUCCCCUGAAUCAGACAGCCAAGACGUGUCUUCUCAGAGUGAUGGAGAAACUAUAGAACUACAUCUGGACGUUGCAACAACCAACCACCAGAAUCAGCAGGUUCCCGGCUCAGAAACACAAUUAAAUAACAGCGAAUAUAGUUCAUUAAUUCUGGAGAAGCCUGCAGAGAGAGAUGACAACUCGCUGAACGGCUAUGUAGAGCACCAUAUACCUCCGGACCAGGCAAUGGUGAGGAGGCUUUCCCAAGAAGUGGAGCUGCUCACCAGCCAGAACGAGGCUCUCAACCAGCGCAACCAGGAGAUGCUAAACCAACUGACAGAGGCAGACCGCGAGAUAGAGAGACUGAAAGCAGAGCUCAGCAGCAGGUACACUGAACCCCAUCACCUCCCUGAGGUGGAACAGCUGGGACAAACAAGGGUAGAAGAUCUGGAGGGGGAACUGAGCUUGAGAAACCAGCAGCUCCUGGAGGCCCAGACCUUGAUCACCUCCCUGGAGGAGAAUCUGAGGGAGGCAGAGGCGCUGCUGCAGCUGAACGUCCCGACAGAAACAGAAGAAACAGGACAGGAGAAAAGCGAGAGUGCUGAGAAAGCGGAGGGAUACCUGCUUCUGUGUUUGGAGGCUACCGAGGCCAAGCUGACGGAGCUGGAGCGGCAGCUCGACCAAUCAGAGCUGACCUGCGGGGAGCUCCAGAUGCAGAACACACAGCUGAAGGAAGCUGAGAAACUUUACCGUCAAAUGGCGGCAGAGGCGGAGGCGGACAUCAGGAGGCUGAAUCAAGAGUUGGAGAAGGAGAGGUUGAACGGUGGAGAAAGCAACAGAUGUGUUUCUGGUGAAGAAAGGAUCAAGCAAGUGAUAGAGGGGAUGAUCAUGAGGUUGAACACUUUGGGGAAGUUACUGGAGGUGAUUGACAAGUUAGAUGUUGGUUUGAGAAGAGAAGAGAAUAAGCCUACAGUGGUGAGUCAGCUGAAGUGGGAGGAAGAGUUUUGGAGUUUGCUGCUCGACAAACUGAAUCGCUCCCAGUUCAAUGAGGAGAAACCUGCUUGUGUGCUUGUUAGUGAGGUGACAGAACGUAUGAUAGUGGAGAAACAAAUGCUGCUUUUAGGGCAUAGUCUACUUUCUGAGGCAGAUCCAUGCACACAUGAAGGGAGGGAAGGUUUGAAAGAUAUGGAUAUUAUUUGGAACAUUGCAAGUGAGACAGCAACAGAAACCAAAAAGGUAGAUGAAAGCAGGAUAUUUGAGUUUAAUAACCAGCUGUGUGAGAUGGAACAUUUCAGAGUCGUCACACGGAUGAAAAUCUCUUUCCUAAACCACCUCGCCUCCUCUGUUGGCACCUCUGCACAUGACAAACUCCAGCUGAUGGCUGACAGACUCUCCGACUUUAACUUUUCGGAGCAUCCCGUGUCUGGUUUCAUCCACUCUGCAGCAACUGAAGCGUUAUACUGCUGUCGUUUAAGCCGGCUUCAGUCAAAAUAUGAGAGGGAACUUGAAGAAACCAAACAGAAACUGCUCACUUCUUCUCUCAUCUGCAGUAACUGUGUCGACUUGAUGGAAGAAAACAGGGAGCUAAGAGAAAGACUGUCAAACCUGGAAGAACAACAGUCGUCGUCACUGGGCGAAGAGAUUUACCCACAGCACACAGAUGUUGAGUCAGAGUUAGCAGAUGGAACUGGGGAAGAAAAUGGACAACAGACACCUGAAGCACCAGAAGACGAGACGGUUGAGUCCCUUGAGCUCGACUGCAUGGAAAUCCCACUUUCAUGUGUUGAAGGUCAGUUGGGAAUCCAGGAGAAAACGGAUGCAGCCCACAAGGAAACAGAUCCGAGCUUGGAGACGGAGCAGGUUUUAGAGCUGAGAAGAAGAGUGAAGGAGCUGGAGGAGCUGCUGUCUGUCAUGGCGGAGGAGAUGAAAGAAGAGUCAGAUGGGAAAAUGCGUUCUGUUCAGACGCAACAUGAGAAGGAGAUGGAAAAGCUGAAGGCCACAUGUGAGCGCGGCUUUGCCUCCAUGGAGGAGUCUCAUCUGAAGGUCGUGGAGGAGCUGCAGCGUCGACACCAACAGGAAGUGGAGCGCCUCCUGGUGGAGAGAGACAGGCUGCUGGAGGAGGAGAGCGCUGCUACUGCAACCGCAAUCGAAGCCAUCAAGAACGCUCACCGGCUGGAGCUGGAGAGGGAGGUGCAGAAGAGGUGUCAGUCAGAGAACAGCACAGGAAGCAAACACCUGGAGGACAUAUACAGCGAGGAGCUGGCCUCAUACCAGCAGGAGCUCCAGGUUUUGUCCGAGCAGUUCUCUCUGAAGUGUCUGGAGAACGGACAUCUUGUCCAGGCUGUGGAUGCCGAGAGGAAGGCCUUGUGUCAGUGCCAGCUGGAAAACCAAGACCUGAGGACCAGAAACCAGGAGUUGAGCGGUCACCUCGCAGCAGAGAUCACCAGACUGUGUUCUCUGGCGAAGCAGGACGCCCUGCCGCUCAGUCAGGGAAUGGAUGUGUACGAAAUGGAGAUUACCCUGCGAGUGAAGGAGUCUGAGGUGCAGUGUCUGAAGCAGGAGAUCACGUCUCUGAAGGACGAACUGCAGUCAGCACAAAAGGACAAGAGGAACGCCACGAAGAAGUACAAGGACGUGUACACCGAGCUGAGCAUCGUGAGGGCCAAAGCAGAGAGAGAGGUGGACGAACUGAGAGAAAACCUGAGGCUGGCUCACUGCGCUCUGGACCAGACUUCACUGUGAAUUAUCACUUUUUAAACAUUACAUUUGUUUUCCCUGUAGCAUCUCGUUUUAAUUUUACCCACAAGAAAUAUAUUUAAAACAAAAAAUAAUUUCCUUCCGUCGCCUCUUAUGUCUUAUUUAAUAAAUCCACAAACUCUUAUCCACAACCGCACUUCACACUGCUUUUUGUUUUUCCCAGUUUUCAAAGAAAAUAAAGAUGUUUAUAUUAUCUUUUGUGUAUUAUGUCUGUCUGGACUAAUUAUUAACCCAUUGUGACGCUGAGUUUGUGAUUUGCAUUGAUUUCUCCUGCAAUGGUCCUGUGAAAGCUCAAGUGUCUUAUUUUUAAUAUUUGUAUUUACCAAAUAUUAUCGUAAAAAAAAACAUGGUGGUUACUUUUUGUGUUAUGCAUAUCUGUACAGCCAUUUUGUUAUAAUCUGACGCAUGUUUUCAUCCUCUCCUGUGCUGUAUUUGUCGUUAAAACUGGUCAAGUAUUUUUAUUUAUCAAUUAAAUAUUUUAAAUUAAAGUUGUUUUCCAGCGGUAACUUAACUGGCAAAUUACUCUGUCAUACACAAUCUAUAAUUUAUAUUUGUACACUGCAGUAUUAUUAAUAUAAAUGUGGGUGUUUUUUUUUUUUAAUUAAAUCAAAUUGGCAGAUUAAACCUGAA